GCUCCUGAACAACAAACAACCAACUGGUUCCGGUUUCGAAAGGUCUUUUUCCGCUUUGUCGGAGUCAGGAAAGCCACGUUUUGGGUUGUUUUAUGUGAAAAUUCAGGAAUUAGAGCCAUUUUUGUCACGUUUCGCAAUACCAGUGCAAGCAAUGGGUCGUGUGCGGACCAAGACAGUAAAGAAGACGGCUCGUGUCAUGAUAAAUUGGCACUACACGAAGUUAACGUUGGAGUUCCAUACAAACAAGCGUGUUUGUGAAGAAAUCGCCUCUAUUCCUUCAAAGCCACUCCGCAAUAAGAUUGCCGGUUAUGUGACACAUCUGAUGAAGCGCCUGGAGCGCGCCCCUGUGCGCGGCAUAUCUAUUAAAUUGCAAGAAGAAGAGAUGGAACGUCGUGACAACUACGUUCCUGAAAUAUCGUGUCUUGAGCAAGACACGAUUGAAAUCGACUUGGAUACAAGUGAAAUGCUUAAGGCACUCGACAUAAACCCGUCCAAUGGUUUACGCGUUGUUGGUGUCGGGCCUCAGCCAGAAGGUUAUCGUCGCUAAGCGUUAUUAAAAAAUGAAUCCGUUGGUAAAGCAAGCUCGAGUCAAUAAAUAAACGCUAUGACGGAACUAUGACGCUCAGUGGUGAA